CGAAAGUGGAAAAUACAAGGAAACAGAGACAGGCGAUACAGUUCAUGUCUGUUUUUUCUCUUUAAAUAAGGGUUGUCACUACAAUAAGGCCGUGUCCAGGGUUUGUUGGUUGACUAUCCCAAGCUCCGAGGAACAUACGAAUCUGUUUAGAGGUGAACGAGGACUAUUGCCAUUCUUGUUAAGUCGUUGCACGAUAUGUAAGAAGCACUAAUAUGGGCAACAAAGAGUCUAGAGGAGGCCAACAAGAGAUCGAAAAGGAAAUAGCCAUCCACCUUUUCUCUGAAGAACUUUUAUCAAACCAGGUGGAUGGUAUCGUCUGCUUCACAGACAGGAAAUGGUCGACAGAAACCAUAGCUUGUCAUCUGCUGGCAAAGCAUGGAGGAAAUCACUACACUUCAGAACGCCAUGCAAUAAAACAUGACAACAAGGACUGUGAGUCCGGCAAUGUUUUUGUCGGUGCUGGUGGAAUGUUACCCUGUAAAAAAGUGUUGUUUUGUGUUGUAGCAGAAAAUGAAUUAACAGAAGAGAGUGACAACUAUGAUCAUAAUGAGGUUACCAUGGUAACAAAUAUGCUGGACAAAGCAUCAAGAGAAGAGUUCUUCUCUUUGGCAGUAAUAAUUGAUGGAAGUGAUGUCAGCCCAAACCCAACUUGCCUCAUUCCUUUGAUUUACUGUAAAUUUCUGCUGCUGUCAUCAAGUCUACAAGAAAUCCACUUGGUCUCAUUGGAUGAGUCAUUGAUUGAUGUAAUGCAGAAGGUGCUGAGAGAAUCUCAUGAACUUCCUGUUCAGGAAGCGGUGCUUGGUGAUCAGAGUCCGAAAAAUGGUUUGACUUCAGAAAAUUCAUCUGCCAUGUCAGUACAGAAAACUCCAAUGGAAGAAAACCCAUCUGUUUCCGACAAGACAAGCACAGUACAACCAGAGUCUAACUCAACACAGCCUGAGACCAGCGAAAAAUCAUAUCUGAACAACAGUCUUAGUGAGGAUGAGGAUACUAUUGAUGAAGGCUAUGUAAAUAAUAUAAGAGGGAUAAACGAUAUGAAAAUUCAAUCUAAGAAUGAAGAUCUCAGUGUUCAAACAGACGAUUCUGAGUUAGGAGCAGUCGGAGGUUCCAGUCCACCUAGAAAUACUGUAGUGUUUAAACAGAUGUCUUAUGAUGAUGAUGAGGACGAGGAUGACAUUAACUUUAAAAAAACUAUGUAUAAAAGAGGAGAUUCAACCAAGAGCACAGUAAGCUUAGAAGAUCAGUUGGAUUUUGUAAACAAUUUCGGAGCCAAAAAAGUGGAGCGUUCAAUAUCUGACAAUAAUCACCGUUCUCCAGAGAAGGGCUUUGUAUGCUCCAUCUGUCGGGAUGAAAAGGGACCAAUGGAACAAACAAAACUGGAAAAGUGUGGGCAUAUUUUUUGCAAGGACUGCAUUGGGAGGCAUCUACAAGUUCACGGGACAUGUGCAGUGUGUAAGUUUCGCUAUUCUAAUCCGGAAGGGAACCAACCUGACGGCAUCAUGUCUUACUAUACAACGCCGGAAAUUAAUGUGGCUGGCUAUGAGACUGUUGGAACCAUAGUAGUAGAAUAUGAUAUACCUGAUGGCAUUCAAACGGACCGACAUCCUAACCCGGGCACGAGUUACAAAGGAUUACACCGGUCAGCCUUUUUGCCUGAUAAUCCAGAUGGAAAUAGAAUCCUGGCUAUGCUAUUGAAAGCCUUUGCCAAGAAACUCAUCUUCACAGUUGGAACUUCAAUCACCACAGGACGUGACAAUGUCACUACUUGGAAUGAUAUCCAUCACAAGACCAAUAUCAAAGGGGGUCCUCAACGCUUCGGCUAUCCAGAUCCUACAUAUCUGAGACGAGUUUAUGAUGAACUGAUUGCCAAAGGAAUAACAGAGGACGACUAGGAUACAAAUCCAUGAUUACUGUAUCAUACUUCAUUUUUCGGCUAAACAGUACACAGUGGAUGUUUUCUGUCUAUCUGUUCUCCUUAAAUGAACCCUCAUUUUGUAUGGUUUUCUUCGAAAGCCAUCAGACACAUUUCUGUUAAGAGUUAACACUCAGAAUCUUGUUUAGUUGAAUGCUUUCUUUAUUGAGAUACAUGUACAACCAUAUUUACCUACAAAUAAGCCCUCUUCCCUAUUGCAAAAGCCAAGCAUCAUAUUGAUCCUCAAAUAAGCCCCUGAUCCCCUAGUGUGAAUGUUCAGUAACUUUUUUAACCUCAAAUAAGCCCCCUUCUCUAGUGUAAAGCUUAGUAUCAUGUUUAUCCUCUAAUAAGUCCCCCUUCCGUAGUGUUAAGUACCAUAUUUAUCCUCAAAUAAUCCCCUUUCCCUAGUGUAAAAUUAUUUAUCCUCAAAUAACUACCCACCCCCAAA